AUUGAUUGUGAUAGUGCAUUCCAAAUAAAAUUAAUGAAAUUCAAGAUAUCUAAUGAAUGAAUACACUAAACAUGACGUAUUUGAUAUGGGUUGCCAACCAAGAUUAAUUUGAUUUCACGCCGAGUUAAUUGUUCAAGUCAGUGUGGAUUGUGUGGUGCUUCCGGGGAGACUCUGGCGCACAUCUUUGAGAACUGCGUGGUUGCUGCAGAGGCUUGGGGGUGGUGUCUUGGAAUUGGUCUGCCUUUGACGGGGUUGAUUUUCUGGAGCAGGUUCGGAAGGAAUUCCGGUCAAGAAGCAAGGAGGAUCUUGUGAAGCUUAUUUGGGGGUGUUGGGCCAUUUGGGGUGAAAGAAAUCGACGUGUUUGGCAGACGUCUCCUUCUUCGGCGAUACAGUUCAUGGCUAAGGUGGAGGCGUUUGUGACGAGCUGGCUUGAGGCGCAGACUGUCAACAAGGAAGGAAGAGCAGCAGGGCAGCAGCCUGUCCAGUGUUGGGGUCGUCCAACAGCGGGAAUGUUGAAGGUCAACGUUGAUGCUGCUAUUCGGGAAGGUUCAUGCGGUCUGGGUUGGUGUAUUAGGGAUGAUACAGGGCAAUUUGUGGCUGGAGGUGCUAGUCCGAGGCAGGGAGUUGUAUCAGUGCUAGAGGCUGAGUUAAUUGGGAUACGAGAGGCCUUGAGUUGGUUACUUGAUUCGGAAUGGAGGGACGUUGAAGUGGAGUCUGAUGCUUCACUCGCUAUUAUGGAGAUUACGAAGGGCUCGAGUAAUUCUUCUUAUGGGUUGGUUGCAGAUGAUGUUAGAGAUAUUGCUAAGAACUUUUCCGGCAUCUCUUUUUCUCAUAUCAGGAGGUCAACGAACAGGGCAGCUCAUGCUUUGGCACAGAUGGCAUGUUCUUUGCUGAUUCUCAGUAUUGGUUUCAUGUACCUCCUUCAUUUAUUUCCUCUAUAUUGGACAAUGAUUUGAUUAAUAUUAAUUAAUACCUUUGCCCUAAAAAAAAUACUCCAUACAUCAGAAGUGCAUAGAAAUAUGUACUUUAGAGGAUGGAAAAACAACAUAAAUAUAACUAAUAAAUUGGAGGAGGAUAAACCUUGUAAUUACUCUUGAGAGAAUUUGGAGAUAUUACAUGGGGCUUUUCGAUAUUUCAUUUACACCUAUAAUGUUUCAGUUAAGCAGAUUUUCAUCACCCGGUGGAUUGAAGCUGGGUCAAAGAGAUUAAGUGAUUUAUUCAUGCUUAUCUUCAUGUAAUCAUCAGUUGGCAUAUAUGGAAGAUAUAUUCAUCUUAUACCUGUGCAAAUCAAGUGAUACCAUAUGUUGAAUACACAAUUCAACAGAUAAAUUUUAUUCGCAGAAGUGGAUUUCAAAUAACUAUUUCCAAAUUAAUAUUUAAUUAUGAAGUUCAGAGAGCCUAUGGCGAGAAGCAAGAGUCCCUCUCUUUUGAGAAACAGCCACAAAUUCCACUUAUUCAGGCAUAUUUUGAUGCGUCGGAAAACUUUGGUGUAACACCGUCCCCAAGUAUAUUUACUUCUAUGUAAAUUAUGUAUUGAACUUUAUGAAUGGUCAGUGAAUUUACGAGGUUGUAAAUUCUUGUUAAUUCUUUGGCGUGAAUAGUAAAUUGCACGUGGGUCCACACCGGGAGCGGGGACCACUCGAUAUUCCCG